CUUCUUCGCCCCGCGCAUUCGCUGGCUGUUCUCGCCUGCUGCGAAUUUUUACUUGCGCAGUAAAAACAAAUUUUUUUGGAGGGAUUUACCUUGCAGAUUUCUGUUCUUGACGGCUUCUCCGUUACUAGAUAAUCUGCCAAAAAGAUUUAUCUGUUUAUUUAUUUCUGCAAUACUAGUAGUAUCUCGUUCAUAGUGUUUUUUUCGGAGGGAUUUUUAUCCGUUUCUCUUGUGAGAAAUGGCCCUGUUUCUAGACACUUCUGUUUUGGGAGGCUUCGAGAACUAGAGAUGGGGAGGACACUACUUCCGUAUUCCAUAUUUUAGUUAGAGCCACCUACCAAGCAUGCCAGGAAGACACAGCACCAAAUCCAGAAACAAUGGAUGGUGCUUUCCAUCCCAGGAAAGGGAUGCCUUGGAUUCAUCCAGGUUGCCAAUCAGCCAAGGGCUAUCGGUGGAUGUCGCAAUGCAGCCCAAUGAGGAGGGGACGGGUGAGCAUCCUGUCAAGCCUAGGAAGCCAUACACGAUCACGAAGCAGCGGGAGAAGUGGACGGAGGAAGAGCACGACAAGUUCCUGGAGGCGCUGAAGCUGUACGGACGGUCCUGGCGUCAGAUACAAGAACACAUUGGCACAAAGACCGCUGUCCAAAUCCGAAGCCAUGCCCAGAAGUUUUUCUCCAAGGUGGUGCGUGAACCUGGUGCUAAAAUUGAGAUCGAGAUCCCUCCCCCCAGGCCAAAGAGGAAACCACUGCAUCCAUAUCCCCGCAAGCGUGCGAACUCCUGCAAUGGAGCAAACCCAGCAAAUGGGCAAUCCAAGCUUGCUCCUAUUUCAUCUUCUUCUGGUUCUGACCAAGAGAAUGGUUCUCCCAUGUCGGUGCUAUCUGUAAUGCAGUCGGAUGCUUUUGGAUCAUCGAUGUCAAACCCAUCAUCUCGCAGUACCUCCCCAGAGUCGUCAGAUGAGGAGAAUAAUGUUCUUCCAAUGGUGAACGGAGGGGAAGGUCAACAAACAGGGAUAGAUCAAUCCCACAAGGAAGCUGAUCAGGAAAACAAAGAUACGGGUACCUCUGAAGAGGAUUCUUCUGAUGAGGUACAGGUAACAAGUGUGAAGCUGUUCGGGAAGACGGUCGUCAUCCCAGACCCGAGGAAAAGAUGCUCCCUGGAUACAGGCUCAGGGCAUGAGAACGGAGAGCAAACCUCACAAUCCUCUAACAAAGGAACAUCACAAGCCCCACUGGCUGUAGAUAUUCCAACACAUACAAAGGGAGAGCAAAUCUCACAAUCCUCUAACAAGGCAACAUCACCAGCCCCAUUGGCUGUAGAGGUUCCGACGUAUACAAAUGGAGAGCAAAUCUCAGAGUUCUCUAACAAGGCAACAUCACAAGCCCCAUUGGCUGUAGAGAUUCAAGCAUACGCUGCACCGACAAGUGGGUGGGUUCUUCCAUACAAUUCAUUCCCGGUCCAUUUCGGGGAAUCAGCGGAAGCUAGAAUUGCCCGUUUGCACAUGUGGUGGCCAUACUAUGGGUUUCCUAUGGUCCAUCCAAGUGGACCGAGUGCAGUGGCACACAAUGGAAAAGCUACUGAUGAGAGCGAAGCUGUGAAAAGCCCUCCAGUUGAAUCAAGCUCGGACUUCGAUGACAAUACUCAGGCAACAGCCAGCAAGCAGUGGAAAGUGCCCGAGUCGCUUGGAACAGCGCAGGCCCCUCCGUCGGUUUCUAAUUUUCAGCUUAAACCAAGCACGAACUCGGCCUUCGUGAGAGUGAAGCCGAUCAUCAGCAGCGGAGAUGAGCCGGCGAGGGGGUUCGUGCCGUACAAAAGAUGUAGAGUCGAAUGACGAAAGCGGGGAUCUUCUUCCCCGUUUCUAAUUUAACUAUGAACCCUAGGAGGAGCCUGUUCCACAUAUUCCUUUGCUCCGGUGUAUUCUUAGGUUUUACUUGCACAUAGAGAUUGGCGGCGGUCUGGCCCGGGAAAUGCGCGUUGUUUCCUGCUUGCGCCUUGUAAUGAGCAGGGCACAGGUGGUUGCUGUAAGUGCUGUAGGAUAAAAAGCAGGAGGUUCUGUAGGGAUGCCAAUUCUCUGUCUGUCUCAUGUUGUUGAUGUAAAAGCAAAGAAUUUUUGUGUCACUCUUGUUGAUUCUUAAUGGAAAUCGAUUUCUCUGAAUGAA